CGUGGGAGGGGCUGGGGUGAGAUCGACUGACUUCCGGCCAGGCCGUUGUCUGGGUGGCGCGGUCGAGUCAUCGCUGGGCCUUGCCGCUUGGGUUUCCCAUCUCUCCCCCCCGCCCCGGCGCGGGGGGUCGACCAGCCAAGUGGGGCGGGAGGCGACUCGGACGUUCCCCUCCGUUUCGCUCUGGCCAGCUCCCUGGCCCCCCGCGCUGGGAUCUGGGGUCCUUGGGGCCCGCGAGGCCCGGUCUGAGGGGCCGGGGCCUACGUGGGCCCGCUGCUGGGCCCCAUGAGGCAUAGCCUGACGAAACUGCUGGCGGCCUCAGGCAGCGACUCCCCAACCCGCAGCGAGAGCCCGGCUCCAGCCGCGACCUGCUUGCUGUCCCCGGACCUGACCCGGGCGGCGGCGGCGGCGGCGGCGGCGGCGGCAGCGGCGGCGGCAGAAGAGGAAGAGACGGCGGCGGCCGGAUCUCCCGGCCGCAAACAGCCGCGCGGCGACGAGGGCGAGUUGGAGGCCGGGAGGGGGGGCCGCGGCGGCGUGGCCGUGCGCGCGCCCUCGCCCGAGGAGAUGGAGGAGGAGGCGAUCGCCAGCGUCCCCGGGGAGGAGACGGAGGACAUGGACUUUCUGUCCGGGCUGGAACUGGCAGAUCUGCUGGACCCCCGGCAACCGGACUGGCACCUGGAGCCCGGGCUCAGUUCGCCCGGGCCUCUCUCCUCGUCCGGCGGAGGCUCGGAUAGCGGCGGCUUGUGGAGAGGGGACGACGACGACGAGGCCGCGGCUGCCGAGAUGCAGCGCUUUUCUGACCUGCUGCAGAGGCUGUUAAACGGCAUCGGAGGCUGCAGCAGCGGCAGUGACAGCGGCAGCGGCGAAAAGAGGCGGAGAAAGUCCCCAGGAGGAGGCGGCGGCGGCAGCGGCAACGACAACAACCAGGCGGCGACAAAGAGUCCCCGGAAGGCGGCAGCGGCUGCUGCCCGUCUUAAUCGGCUGAAGAAGAAGGAGUACGUGAUGGGGCUGGAAAGUCGAGUCCGGGGUCUGGCAGCCGAGAACCAGGAGCUGCGGGCCGAGAAUCGGGAGCUGGGCAAGCGCGUGCAGGCACUGCAGGAGGAGAGUCGCUACCUACGGGCCGUCUUAGCCAACGAGACCGGACUGGCUCGCUUGCUGAGCCGGCUGAGCGGCGUGGGACUGCGGCUGACCACCUCGCUCUUCAGAGACUCGCCCGCCGGUGACCAUGACUACGCUCUGCCCGUGGGAAAGCAGCAGCAGGACCUGCUGGAAGAGGACGACUCAGCGGGAGGAGUAUGUCUUCAUGUGGACAAGGAUAAGGUGUCGGUGGAGUUCUGCUCGGCGUGCGCCCGGAAGGCGUCGUCUUCUCUUAAAAUUUUCUUUUUUAGGUGAUUUCCUUCCUGCCAGGCUCCGUUGUAGGGGUUACAGAACAGUCGUUCCCGCCUCACAACCUGGUAAGGAUCCAUCUCUUCACGUAACGCUCAUGCUCUGCUGCUUAGUCUACUUUAAUGGGCAACAUCUGAAUUUGUGUGUGUGUGGGUUUUUUUUUUCUUUUUUGGAACGUGGGAGGGGAAAUCUAAUUUGGGCCCUGUCCACCCUGGAAACAGACUUGUGCUGGUCAAUAAUGUAUUUAAGAUGCUUCUUCUGGUUGAAAUAGCUGUUAAUGUGUCCCCUUGUUCAGACUUGCGUGUACCUAGCUCUUCUGUCCCCAGUGUGGACAUGGCCUUGGAUGACAUCGGUUCCAACUGUACACUGAAAGCUGCUAAUAGAGAUGCAGUUUGGAGACAGUGAAACAGGUGAAGUUGAAUGGAAGUUCCGAGUUGUACAAGGUGCAAAUUGGAAUUCCAAUUUUAGAGCAACUUUUUAGAGGUUGACAAUAAGUAUUUGGGGCUUGCACAAAUGUGUUAGUUAUUUUGCUGGAGAUGACAGAACUAUCUUAAAUAUUUGGGUAUGCCUUUUAGUUUUCAGUAGGAGAUGUAGAAAUAAAAUCUAUUUAGAGUAAAAGAUUUUAAUAUUUCACCAUUAAAGAAGUUGGAAAUUAACAUGCAUCUCUAUGUUAAUUGAAGGAGGAAUAAGAAUUGUUAAUGAAAUGUUUGAGGACCAGCACAGUGAUUACCCUAUCACUGACUAUAAAAAAUUGUUGAACACUUUUACUUUUGUUGUAUUAAAAUUUUAGGUUAAAUUUAUGUAUGAUUAGAUAUUGAAGGUUGUGAAAUGUGAAUGAAAACGUGUAAAGUGAGGCUUCACAAAGAAUCUUAUUCUCCUUAUUUCAAAGGUUUUUGUCCUAUUUAAAAAUAAUUUUUAAAAUUGAGUGCUUCUGGCUACUUAAAGACAAAAUUGACACUUUUUCCAAAGAUGGGACAUAUUCUUCCCUUGAAGUACUGUAUUAUUCAUUGUCGAAUUGCAUAGAUUGAGUUACAGUGGCCUUCAGUGUAAGAGGCAUUAAGAAAUUCUUUGUGAAACAUCACUGUUUGAUAAAGUAUAUACAUAUUUAGCAUCCUUGUUUUUCUUUGUGCUAAAGUGGAUACAGCUGUUGGGGCAGAAGAGACGGGACCAGCUGCUGGCCACAUUUCCUGCUUUAUUUUAAAAGGUAGUAUAAGAAAUGAGGAAAAAGAGGUAAUAUCAGGGCUUCUGCUGUCUUUUAUUUUAAAAUGUUCAUAAUUAAAAAGUAUUUUCCAGCAGUCCAAAGAUGUAAGUUAUCUUACACAUGUUUUAUUUUGUUGUUACUUGGUUAUAAAAAUGGAAUCCUUGUUCUUGCACAACUGUAAAUGUUUUGUUGCUAGAUAACACGAUUUGAGACCAACUUGGUCUCUGGUUUCCAGUGCAUUACAGCAUAUUUUGUAAAAUCAUCUACUGCACUUGAGCAUGAAUGGGUAGUAGCCAAAUUCACAACCUGGAGUGAUGAACCUGCUUAUACCUAAGUGCAGGAGCAAGCCCCUCACAAUGCAGCUGCAUGGAUUUUUAGUGCCUACUGAAUUAUAUAUAUAUAUAUAUAUAUAUAUAAAAACCAAAAGUAGUUGGAAAAAUUAUUUGAAAUGACUAAUUUGUGCUAUCUCUAUGGAAUAUGUUAAAUGUAGCUUUUUGAAACAGAAGCCUUGAAUUGAAAUUAAUACUUGAACAUUUUGUAUAUAUUUCUUUGUAUAUAAUUUUGUGCAGUACCAAUGAAAAAUAUGGUGUCAUAAUAAAACCAGGUUUGUUGAUCUUUCAGUUAUGGGCUCAAAGAAUUUAUUCAUCUCUAACAUGACAUUGGAAAAUAAUGGAUGAAAAUAGGAAAAAUGAUUGUUGUUAAUGCUGACUGUGGGUCUUAAAAGGUUCUGGAAGCAGUAAGUGUGUUUUUCUAAAAUACCAUUCCCUUGGAAUAUUUUCUUCUUAUGUCAGUGCUUUUCCUGCAUUAUUUGAAGUUCGGGGCUGGGGAGAAACAGUAGUCAAAGCUUUCUGAAUUGGGAUGCUUUGAAAAUUCCAAGUGUAGAUUUUUAGGAUGCCAUUUUAUAAAUGGCAGUUUUUGGAAAUACUUGAUUAAGAACUUUUGAAAAUGGAGAUUAGUAUCGCCUAUUUUUAAAGCUGCUUUGUUAGGCUCCUUAUGUUUUAACUGUCUUUUCUUAGUUUCCAUUUCAUUCUUUUUUUUUUCUUUUCUAAUUUUGGUGACUUAGUGAUUUUGUCAUUUUUUGCAUCAACUUCAUGGUCUUGUUUUUACAUGGUAUUGCAUGUAUUUAGGACCUGUCAGGGGCUUUAAAUAAAUUUGAUCAUAUUUAUGUGUAAGCACAUUUUACUGUAAAUGUUUGGGUUUCUGAAUUUACAACAGAUCUGUUUCAGUAUGUAGUAAACAAUAUCUUAAAGUGUCCUAUUCACUACUUGUUAAUUAAAAAAAGUUAUGAUUAAUAUGAAAC